UCUGUCUGUUCUUAGCUGGCCCCACCAAUCCCUACCAUUAUGCCUGCUCUACUAGAGAGGCCCAAACUGUCCAAUGCCAUGGCACGCGCCCUGCACAAGCACAUCAUGCGCGAGCGAGACCGCAAGAGACAAGGUAAGAAAGAACACUCUCUACCCAAUGACACAGGUAACACACUGACCACGUUUACAUGAGCACAGUAUUCCGGAUAGUAGCUCAUAUCCCACUUAAGGUGUUAUUCGGGAUACGCUGUUUACAUGCACCUUUUGAUAUCCCUCUCAUGAGUUUCCCUGUAAUCAUGAAUAAACAGAAUAUUCUUAAUUUAAGUAUAAGGGUUAAAUGGAAUAGUAACUGAAAUAUGGACACUGACUGUAGGCCUAUAACAUUUCACAUGUAGCGUAAUAUAAUAUGAACUCCUGCAGAAUUAUGCAUUUAUUUUAGUGAAAUUAUAGAUUUCUUUCUUUCAGUAUCUCUUGAUAAAAUGUAUUGCGUUAUCUUUGACACUGUUAUGCAAGCAGACAGUAUUUCAACCACAUAAAAUAUGCACCCAAGACGAACUGAAGUCUUAUCAGAAAAGUGUUAAGUCAUUUUCUCAGCUUUUCAUUUCCUUAAAACCGGGCAAACUGAUGACACUAGACAUUUAACCCAGGACCAAUCUUUCUACUGUUUUGGAGUUAUUGCGUUUUCUCUCUGGUCCCUAAACGAAACAGACAACUUUAUUGGUGUUAACUAGAUUACUAAUGCAUUCAUUCUAUCGAUGUAAUACAUUAUUCUGGUGAUCACUACUUUAUUUAGUCUUCUGGGGCAACAAGUUAUGACAAACAAAUGACCCACCAAAUGUCGGAAAUUAUAAUAUGGCCUGCCAUAUUUCGGAAAUUAUAAGCAGAAUUAGAAUUGUCUAAAUUAGGGGUGAAAGUAGCCAAUAGUAAAUUAAUUAUAGUAGGCUAAAUUAUAAUGGAAUUAUUAUGGUGGAUUGAACUGCGCAGGUAUGCUACUUUUUGAAGGGAAUUGUUUGGCAAUCAGAUGAAAACAUCAUCACACAACACCCAUGAUAUGCAAAACUCCAUAUCAAAAACAACAGUAAACGGGGUAAGAUGUUUACAUGCCACAGUAUCCCGUCUUAGAUCAGCAUAACCCAGGCAUCUUAUUAGGGCUUCUCAUAACCGGGAUACAAGCCUUUUCAGGUUAUUGUAAACAGGAUAUGAUGUUUAUAUGCGUCAACUCAAAAACAGAAUGCUUGAGUAUCCCGAAUAAUAACAGGAUAUUGGUGUGCAUGUAAACGUGGUCAUUGAUACCAACUCCUGUCCUGUAACCCCCUCAUCCAACCUUGUGUCGCAGAGGAAGAAGAAGUAGACAAAAUGAUGGAGCAGAAGCAGAAGGAGGAGGAGGAAAGGAAGAGGAAGAAAGAGGUGGAGGAGAGAAUGUCUUUAGAUGAGACGAAAGAGCAGGUGCGUUAUUGAGAUUUUUUGAAAUUGCCCAGGGCCUGCCUCGCAUUCUAUUCCCCUUACUCAACUCCUUUCUCGUUGUCCUCUCUCUGCCUUAGAUCAUGAAGAUGGGGGAGAAGCUACAGGGGCUACAAGAGGAGAAACACCAGCUCUUCCUCCAGUUGAAGAAAGUGCUCCAUGAGGAGGAGAAGCGACGGAGGAAAGAACAGAGGUAAAGGCUCUACCGGCUCUUGAAUGAACUUUCUGGGGGUCUUACAAAAAUCACUUAUCCCUAGCCUGGUGGUCCCAGAUCUAUAUGUGCUGUCUUGACAACAUCUAUGGUUGUUGUUGUUGACAUCAUACAUACAGCGUAUACAUUUCUGGAACCACCAGGCUAACACAUCCCCACAUUCCCCAGCAACCUUAUUGGCUUUUGAUGUGAGAUUCAGUCCUAGUUGCUGGUAGAUUAGCAUUAACGUUGUUACCAUCCGCACACAUUGUUAAUACUGACUGCUAGUGUGUGACUAUGGACAUGAUCUUACUUUCUUUCCCCAUUGGUUUCUUGUAGUGACAUGACAACCCUGACAUCUGCUACUUACCAGCCCAGCAUGGCUAUCCACUCCCACUCAGGACAACACCUGCUCAGCAUGCAAGGUAAUUCACACUGAUUUUAUGUAGCACAAGCUUGAUUGUUAAUACACACAAACUGUGUAUUAUCAUUCUCUCCAUGUCUCCUUCCUCUAUAUCAAUGAUCAGCGAGUCAAGUGAGUCACGGCCGGUCUGCUGCUCUUCUUGGAGAACGCAGUAAACAGCUCUUCCAGUCCCCUGUCCUUCCGGUGAGUUUGCAGACUUCUUAUACUGAACAAAAAUAUUAACGCAACGUGUGUUGGUCCCAUGUUUCAUGAGCUGAAAUAAAAGAUCCCAGAAAUGUUUUGUGCACAAAUUAGUUUACAUCCCUGUUAGUGAGCGUUUCUCCUUUGCCAAGAUAAUCCAUCCACCUGACAGGUGUGGCAUAUCAAGAAGCUGAUUGAAAAGGAUGAUCAUUACACAGGUGCACCUUGUGCUGGGGACAAUAAAGGCCACUCUAAGAUGUGCAGCUUUGUUACACAACACAAUGCCACAGAUGUCUCACGUUUUGAGGGAGUGUGCAAUUGGCCUGCUGACUGUAGGAAUGUCCACCAGAGCUGUUGCCAGUGAAUUGAAUGUUAAUUUCUCUACCAUAAACCGCCUCCAACGCUUUAGAGAAUUUGGCAGACCACGUGGAACCCUGCCAGCCCAGGACCUCCACAUCCGGCUUCUUCACCUGAGGCAUCAUCUGAGACCAGCCACCCGGACAGCUGAUGAAACUGUUGGUUUGCACAACCAAAGAAGUUCUGCACAAACUGUCAUAAUCCGUCUCAGGGAAGUUCAUCAUCGUGCUCGUCAUCCUUACCAGGGUCUUGACCUGACUGCAGGCAGGUUUCGUAACUGACUUCAGUGGGCAAAUGCUCACGUUCGCUGGCAUGCUGGAGAAGUGUGCUCUUCAUGGAUGAAUCCCGGAUUCAACUGUACCGGGCAGAUCACAACGUGUAUGGCGCCGUAUGGGCGAGCAGGUUCAUGAUGUCAACGUUGUAAACAGAGUGCCCCAUGGAGGCGGUGGGUUUAUGGUAUGGGCAGGCAUAAGCUACGGACAACGAACACAAUUGCAUUUUAUCGAUGGCAAUAUGAAUGCACAGAGAUACAGUGAGGGAAAAAAGUAGUUGAUCCCCUGCUGAUUUUGUACGUUUGCACACUGACAAUGACAUGAUCAGUCUAUACUUUUAAUGGUAGGUUUAUUUGAACAGUGAGAGACAGAAUAACAACAAAUAAAUCCAGAAAAAUGCAUGUAAAAAAUGUUAUAAAUUGAUUUGCAUUUUAAUGAGGGAAAUAAGGAUUUGACCCCUCUGUAAAACAUUACUUAGUACUUGGUGGCAAAACCCUUGUUGGCAAUCACAGAGGUCAGACGUUUCUUGUAGUUGUCCACCAGGUUUGCACACAUUUCAGGAGGGAUUUUGUUCCACUCCUCUUUGCAGAUCUUCUCCAAGUCAUUAAGGUUUCGAGGCUGACGUUUGGCAACUCGAACCUUCAGCUCCCUCCACAGAUUCUCUAUGGGAUUAAGGUCUGGAGACUGGCUAGGCCACUCCAGGACCUUAAUGUGCUUUUUCUUGAGCCACUCCUUUGUUGCCUUGGCCGUGUGUUUUGGGUCAUUGUCAUGCUGGAAUACCCAUCCACGACCCAUUUUCAAUGCCCUGGCUGAGGGAAGGAGGUUCUCACCCAAGAUUUGAUGGUACAUGGCCCCGUCCAUCGUCCCUUUGAUGUGGUGAAGUUGUCCUGUCCCCUUAGCAGAAAAACACCCCCAAAGCAUAACGUUUCCACCUCCAUGUUUGAUGGUGGGGAUGGUGUUCUUGGGGUCAUAGGCAGCAUUCCUCCUCCUCCAAACACAAACACGGCGAGUUGAGUUGAUGCCAAAGAGCUCGGUUUUGGUCUCAUCUGACCACAACACUUUCACCCAGUUCUCCUCUGAAUCAUUCAGAUGUUCAUUGGCAAACUUCAGUCGGCCCUGUAUAUGUGCUUUCUUGAGCAGGGGGACCUUGCAGGCGCUGCAGGAUUUCAGUCCUUCACGGUGUAGUGUGUUACCAAUUGUUUUCUUGGUGACUAUGGUCCCAGCUGCCUUGAGAUCAUUGACAAGAUCCUCCCGUGUAGUUCUGGGCUGAUUCCUCACCGUUCUCAUGAUCAUUGCAACUCCACGAGGUGAGAUCUUGCAUGGCGCCCCAGGCCGAGGGAGAUUGACAGUUCUUUUGUGUUUCUUCCAUUUGCGAAUAAUCGCACCAACUGUUGUCACCUUCUCACCAAGCUGCUUGGCGAUGGUCUUGUAGCCCAUUCCAGCCUUGUGUAGGUCUACAAUCUUGUCCCUGACAUCCUUGGAGAGCUCUUUGGUCUUGGCCAUGGUGGAAUCUGAUUGAUUGAUUGCUUCUGUGGACAGGUGUCUUUUAUACAGGUAACAAGCUGAGAUUAGGAGCACUCCCUUUAAGAGUGUGCUCCUAAUCUCAGCUCGUUACCUGUAUAAAAGACACCUGGGAGCCAGAAAUCUUUCUGAUUGAGAGGGGGUCAAAUACUUAUUUCCCUCAUUAAAAUUCAAAUCAAUUUAUAACAUUUUUGACAUGCGUUUUUCUGGAUUUUUUUGUUGUUAUUCUGUCUCUCACUGUUCAAAUAAACCUACCAUUAAAAUUAUAGACUGAUCAUUUCUUUGUCAGGUGGGCAAACGUACAAAAUCAGCAGGGGAUCAAAUACUUUUUUCCCUCACUGUACAUUUUACAUUUACAUUUUAGUCAUUUAGCAGACGCUCUUAUCCAGAGCGAUUUACAGUUAGUGAGUGCAUACAUGUCGCAAGGAUCUGUACACAAUUCCUGGAGGCUGAAGCUGAAAAUGUCUCAGUUCUUCCAUGGCCUGCAUACUCACCAGACAUGUCAGACAUUGAGCGUGUUUGGGAUGCUCUGGAUCAACGUGUACGACAGCUGGUUGAAGUUCCCGCCAAUAUCCAGCAACUUCGCACAGCCAUAGAAGAGAAGUGGGACAACAUUCCACAAGCCACAAUCAACAGCCUGAUCAACUCUAUGUGAACGAGAUGUGUUGCUCUGCAUGAGGCAAAUAGUGGUCACACCAAAUACAGACUGGUUUUCUGGUCCAACCCCCUACUUUAUUUUAAAGGUAUCUGUGACCAACAGAUGCAAAUCUGUAUUCCCAGUCAUGUGAAAUCUAUAGAUUAGGGCCUAAUGAGUUUAUUUCAGUUCACUGAUUUCCUUAUAUGAACUGUAACUCAGUAAAAUCUUUGAAAUUGUUGAAUGUUGCAUUUUUAUAUUUUUAUUCAGUGUUGAAAUAGUGUUCUUAGGGUUCCCAUUUGGCCUCAAGCACCUCAGUCAGUGUAUACAGCAGGCAGCUGUUCCUGUUGAUUAUAAUUAGGACUUCAGGGACUUGAGGAAUGACCAUUGGGGACACAAGAUGCUGUAGUUGUUAUACUUAAUUGUUCUAUAAUUAAUUUUGUUCUGGCCUGAAUGUAAUAUAAUAAACUCAGCAAAAAAAGAAACGUCCUCUCACUGUCAACUGCAGGUUUUUUUCAGCAAACUUAACGUGUAAAUAUUUGUAUGAACAUAACAAGGUUCAACAACUGAGACAUAAAAUGAACAAGUUCCACAGACAUGUGACUAACAGAGAUUGAAUAAUGUGUCCCUGAACAAAGGGGGGGUCAAAGUCAAAAAUAACAGUCAGUAUCUGGUGUGGCCACCAGCUGCAUUAAGUACUGCAGUGCAUCUCCUCCUCAUGGACUGCACCAGAUUUGCCAGUUCUUGCUGUGAGAUGUUACCUCACUCUUCCACCAAGGCACCUGCAAGUUCCCUGACAUUUCUGGGGGGAAUGGCCCUUGCCCUCACCCUCCGAUCCAACAGGUUCCAGAUGUGCUCAAUGGGAUUGAGAUCCAGGCUCUUCGCUGGCCAUGGCAGAACACUGACAUUCCUAUCCUGCAGGAAAUCACGCACAGAACAAGCAGCAUGGCUGGUGGCAUUGUCAUGCUGGAAGGUCAUGUCAGGAUGAGCCUGCAGGAAGGGUACCACAUGAGGGAGGAGGAUGUCUUCCCUGUAACGCACAUCGUUGAGAUUGCCUGCAAUGACAUCUAGCUCAGUCCGAUGAUGCUGUGACACACCGCCCCAGACCAUGACAGACCCUCCACCUUCAAAUCGAGUACAGAGUACAGGCCUCGGUGUAACGCUCAUUCCUUCGACGAUAAACACGAAUCCGACCAUCACCCCUGGUGAAACAAAACCGCGACUCGUCAGUGAAGAGCACUUUUUGCCAGUCCUGUCUGGUCCUGCGACGGUGUUGCCGGUGAUGUCUGGUGAGGACCUGCUUUACAACAGGCCUACAAGCCCUCAGUCCAGCCUCUCUCAGCCUAUUGCGGACAGUCUGAGCACUGAUGGAGGGAUUGUGUGUUCCUGGUGUAACUCGGGCAGUUGUUGUUGCCAUCCUGUACCUGUCCCGCAGGUGUGAUUUUCGGAUGUACCGAUCCUGUGCAGGUGUUGUUACAUGUGGUCUGCCACUGCGAGGAAGAUCAGCUGUCCGUCCUGUCUCCCGGUAACGCUGUUUUAGGCGUCUCACAGUACGGACAUUGCAAUUUAUUGCCCUGGCCACAUCUGCAGUCCUCAUGCCUCUUUGCAGGAUGCCUAAGGCAUGUUCACGCAGGGACCCUGGGCAUCUUUCUUUUGGUGUUUUUCAUAGUCAGUAGAAAGGCCUCUUUAGUGUCCUAAGUUUUCAUAACUGUGACCUUAAUUGCCUACCGUCUGUAAGCUGUUAGUGUCUUAACGACCGUUCCACAGGUGCAUGUUCAUACAUAGUUUAUGGUUAAUUGAACAAGCAUGGGAAACAGUGUUUAAACCCUUUACAAUGAAGAUCUGUGAAGUUAUUUGGAUUUUUACAAAUUAUCUUUGAAAAACAGGGUCCUGAAAAAGGGACGUUUCUUUUUUUGCUGAGUUUAUAUGCAAUUACAGUACAUUGAAUUUGUCUGAAAACGUGUCCUGUAUGUUGUUUGACAGGGGCGUCACUACCAGAGCCAACCAGGGAUGAGCUCCGGGGGCUUGGAGCAUGGGCAGUAUACAGCCAGCCAGGCAGCCCACGGCCCCUACGGCCAGCUCACCCAGGCACAGCACGCCUCUCCCUUCGCCCCCAGCCAGACUGUCCCUGUCAGCUACGCCAGCAGCUCACAGCUCAGAGGUAAGGUUUUGAAUUUUGAAUGUAAUUGUUAUUUCAGAGACGUGUUGUCUAUGUGAGAUUUUCAAAGUAAAUAAUGUCUGGUAGCCUGCUCACAGAUCUGUUGUCUUGUUACGCCAAACAUGUUUGACAAUGAUCUAAGGAGUUGUCACGACCGCACAAACGGAUCUAGGGAACAGGCUUUGAAUCUUUAGGUAUUAUGUGUUUCAAGGUGACUAUGUUGAGGUUAUUAUGAGAAUGAGAACCCUAAUGUGUAUGCUGUUUGUGCGUGUUUCAUUCAUAAACCCCUCAUUAUGUCCCCUCCUCUGUGUCCAGGUGCCUCAGCCUUCCAAGCCAUGCAGUACCUGCCUCACCAACAGCAGGGCUACGCUGUACACAGCCACUUUACCUCCCAGCCAGGUACCUUACACCUGUGUGUCUGUGUCUACUAAAAGCUAUAUGUUGUUGUAGGCCCUGUUGUGAUUGUGGCACAGUAUGUAUAAGAAGGUUUAGGCUAUACGUAAAGGCGCUGGGAUGACUUGGUGUACUGACUGUAACGGUAAUUGAAUAACCAUGUAACUGCUGGUUAUGGAUGAAGACCGCCAUGAAAAUAAAACAACCUCCCAAAACCGUUUAAAUACGCCUACAUUCAUAUAUAUAUACUCUACCGUUCAAAAGUUUGGGGUCACUUAGAAAUGUCCUUGUGUUCGAAAGAAAAGCAUUUUUUUUGUCCAUUAAAAUAACAUAAAAUUGAUCAGGAAUACAGUGUAGACAUUGUUAAUGUUGUAAAUGGCUAUUGUAGCUGGAAACGGCUGAUUUUUUUAUGGAAUAUCUACAUAGGCGUACAGAGGCCCAUUAUCAGCAACCAUCAGUCCUGUGUUCCAAUGGCACGUUGUGUUUGCUAUUCCAAGUUUAUCAUUUUAAAAGGCUAAUUGAUCAUUAGAAAACCAUUUUGUAAUUAUGUUAGCACAGCUGAAAACUGUUGUGCUGAUUUAAAGAAGCAAUACAACUGACCUUCUUGAGAGUAGUUGAGUAUCUGGAGCAUCAGCAAUUGUGGGUUCGAUUACAGGCUCAAAAUGACCAGAAACAAUUAACUUUCUUCUGAAACUCGUUAGUCUAUUCUUGUUCUGAGAAAUGAAGGCUAUUCUAUGCGAGAAAUUGCCAAAAAACUGAAGAUCUCGUACAACGCUGUGUACUACUGCCUUCGCAGAACAGCGCAAACUGGCUCUAAUGUAGAAUGUAGAAAAUCUAAUGUAGACUAUUUUUGUUUUAUAUCCUACAGAAAGGAUUAAAACAAAUUACCCCCUUCUCCCCAAUUUCGUGAUAUCCAAUUGCGAUCCAAUUACGGUCUUGUCUCAUCGCUGCAACUCCCCAAUGGGCUCCGGAGAGGCGAAGGUCAAGUCAUGCGUCCUCCGAAACAUGACCCGCCAAACCGUGCUUCUUAACACCCGCCUGCUUAACCCGGAAGCCAGCCGCCCAAUGUGUCGGAGGAAACACCGCUCAACUGACGACCGAAGUCAGCCCUCAGGCGCCUGGCCCGCCACAAGGAGUCGCUAGAGCGCGAAGAGCCAAGUAAAGCCUUCCCUAACCCGGACGACGCUGGGCCAAUUGUGCACCGCCCUAUGGGACUCCCGGUCACGGCCGGUUGCGACACAGCCUGGGAUCGAACCCGGGUCUGUAGUGCCUUAGACCGCUGCGCCACUCGGGAGGCCCUAAGGCAAGGUUUUUAAUGGUUGGAUUUUGGCUAUUAAAAGUCUUUAUUUAGGUUAUGGAAAUGUGUUUAUUUAUUUAUUUCACCUUUAUUUAACUAGGUAAGCCAGUUGAGAACAAGUUCUCAUUUACAACUGCGACCUGGCCAAGAUAAAGCAAAGCAGUGCGAUUUAAAAACAACAACAACACAGAGUUACAUAUGGAAUAAACAAAACGUACAGUCAAUAACACAAUAGAAAAUCUAUAUACAGUGUGUGCAAAUGUAGUAAGUUAUGGAGGUAAGGCAAUAAAUAGGCCAUAGUCAAAAUAAUUACAAUUUAGUAUUAACACUGGAGUGAUAGAUGUGCAGAAGAUGAUGUGCAAAUAGAGAUACUGGGGUGCAAAUGAGCAUAAUAAAUAACAAUGUAAAUAACAAUAUGGGGAUGAGGUAGUAGGGUGGGCUAAUUACAGAUGGGCUGUGUACAGGUGCAGUGAUCGGUAAGCUGCUCUGACAACUGAUGCUUAAAGUUAGUGAGGGAGAUAAGUGUCUCCAGCUUCAGAGAUUUUUGCAGUUCGUUCCAGUCAUUUGCAGCAGAGAACUGGAAGGAAUGGCGGCCAAAGGAGGUGUUGGCUUUGGAGAUGACCAGUGAGAUAUACCUGCUGGAACGCAUACUACGGGUGGGUGUUGCUAUGGUGACCAAUGAUCUAAGAUAAGGCGGGGAUUUGCCUAGAAGUGAUUUAUAGAUGACCUGGAGCCAGUGGGUUUGGCGACGAAUAUGUAGUGAGGGCCAGCCAACGAGAGCGUACAGGUCACCAUGGUGGGUAGUAUAUGGGGCUUUGGUGACAAAACGGAUGGCACUGUGAUAGACUUCAUCCAAUUUGCUGAGUAGAGUGUUGGAAGCUAUUUUGUAAAUGACAUCGCUGAAGUCAAGUAUCGGUAGGAUAGUCAGUUUUACGAGGGCAUGUUUAGCAGCAUGAGUGAAGGAGGCUUUGUUGUGAAAUAGGAAGCCGAUUCUAGAUUUAACUUUGGAUUGGAGAUGCUUAAUGUGAGUCUAGAAGGAGAGUUUACAGUCUAACCAGACACCUAGAUAUUUGUAGUUGUCCACAUAUUCUAAGUCAGACCCGCCUAGAGUAGUGAUUCUAGUCGGGCGGGCGGGUGCAAGCAGUGAUCGAUUGAAGAGCAUGCAUUUAGUUUUACUAGCGUUUUAAGAGCAGUUGGAGUCCACGGAAGGAGUGUUGUUUGGCAUUGAAGCUUGUUUGGAGAUUUGUUAACACAGUGUCCAGUGAAGGGCCAGAUGUAUACAAAAUGGUGUCGUCUGCAUAGAGGUGGAUCUGAGAGUCACCAGCAGCAAGAGCGACAUCAUUGAUAUACACAGAGAAUAGAGUCGGCCAGAGAAUUGAACCCUGUGGCACCCCCAUAGAGACUGCCAGAGGUCCAGACAACAGGCCCUCCAAUUUGACACAUUGAACUCUAUCUGAGAAAUAGUUGGUGAACCAGGCGAGGUAGUCAUUUGAGAAACCAAGGCUAUUUAGUCUGCCAAUAAGAAUGCGGUGAUUGACAGAGUCAAAAGCCUUGGCCAGGUCGAUGAAGACGGCUGCACAGUACUGUCUAUUAUCGAUCGCGGUUAUUAUAUAAUUUAGGACCUUGAGCGUAGCUGAGGUGCACCCAUGAUCAGCUCGGAAACCAGAUUGCAUAGCGGAGAAGGUACGGUGGGAUUCUAAAUGGUCGGUGAUCUGUUUGUUAACUUUCAAAUACUUUCGAAAGGCAGGGCAGGAUGGAUAUAGGUCUGUAACAGUUUGGAUCUAGAGUGUCACCCCCUUUGAAGAGGGGGAUGACCGUGUCAGCUUUCCAAUCUCUGGGGAUCUCAGAAGAUACGAAAGAGAGGUUGAACAGGCUAGUAAUAGGGGUUGCGACAAUUUCGGCGGCUAAUUUUAGAAAGAAAGGGUCCAGAUUGUCUAGCCCAGCUGAUUUGUAGGGGUCCAGAUUUAGCAGCUCUUUCAGAACAUCAGCUAUCUGAAUUUGGGUGAAGGAGAAGCGGGGCGGGCAUGGGACAAGUUGCAGCGGAGGGUGCAGAGCUGGUGGCCGGGGUAGGGUUAGCCAGGUGGAAUGCAUGGCCAGCCGUAGCAAAAUGCUUAGUGAAAUUCUCGAUUAUCGUAGAUUUAUCGGGGGUGACAAUGUUUCCUAGCCUCAGUGCAGUGGGCAGCUGGGAGGAGGUGCUCUUAUUCUCCAUGGACUUUACAGUGUCCCAAAACAUUUUGGAGUUAGUGCUACAGGAUGCAAAUUUCUCUUUGAAAAAGCUAGCCUUUCCUUUCCUAACUGAUUAUGUAUAUUGGUUCCUGUAUAUUAGAAUAUCAUUCCAAUGUUGGGCAAAUAGGCCUAUUAGAAUGCACAUUUUACUCUCUCAGCCUGUCUGCGUGCCCGCCGGCCCAGAGCUGAGGUUUCGUGUGCCUGGAGUUGCUGUAGCAUUUGCAUUGUCUAUAGGCUAUGGCUAGGUACUAUGGUAUUCUAGAGAAUAUGGUUGUAUCUCCCUGACCUGAACUGAAUGCACACUGUAAAAUGUGCAAAGUAUUUCAGCCUCGCGCUGCAACACUGCCUGACUGGGGACUGUGCAUGCACACGCGAAGAGCUGAGUGACAGUUUCAUUUUUAGAAGCUCAGUGCACAGGCAUAAAAGUUUGUUUAAUUUACUUGAAACGAAAGUCUACUGAAGUUAGACUUUGUCCUUGUAUUCCUCGGCUAAUUACAUAGUUUUGUUCACAAGCUAGGUUGUUUUUCAAAGUUUGAGUUUCAACUGCUAGGGAGAAGCAACACGGAUACUAGUCAAACUCUCAAUCUCACAGGCAUAAACAUGCAUUUUUGUCUCUGUUUAAAAGACUCUGGUCACAAAACAUUAAAUUAAAUUAAACAAUAUAACAUUACUUCUUACUAGUAAUACAUUUAUUAUUUUAGAAACAUUACAAAGCAUGCUCAUCUGUUUUUUUUGUGUGUUUUGUUGGUGUAAUUGUAGAGGAAAAAAAUUAGUUUGGCUGGUAAAAAAUCUGAGUGGCUGGUAGAUUUAAAAGAAAUACCUGCCACAGUGGCAGGUGUACCAAUAAGUACCUUUUAGGCCCUGGCCGUUAGCAAGUGGUGGCGCUCAAAAAGUUCAAGGUGACCAUACUUCAGUGACUGAAGAGGGAGGGUGAAGGAGAGAAAGUGAAGGCUGGGCAACACACACACAUUCUUUAUUGUAUAUUGUUGUUUAAUGGGGCAGCUGGUGGUGGAAUGUAAUGUCUCUAACUUAAGUUGAUUCAGUAACCAGUUCACAAUAACAUUGUUUGUUCUCUAUUAGAUAUAUUGUAUACAUGUGGUUAGCAUGUUCAAUUAAUACAUUAUAAUUACUAAUAAUGUAAUGGAUGUUUGUCUGUUUUCAUUUAAGAUGCAAAAAUGUUUGUUUCUUAACAAAUGAAGUUUAUGUAGUAUAGACUGUAUCUGUCUCAGAAAUACACCAAUUAAUUUAAAAGAACUGCAAAUGACCUAGACCCAUUUUGGCAUAUCAAAACAUUAAAAAAACAAGUAUUUUAAUUUCGAGAUGGUUCAAGUUCAGUUUGGGACAGUUGAAAUUGCACUUCCGGACGGUACCAGGAAGGUGAGGAAUAAAGUUAGUCGCGAGCCUAGACUACUACUCACUAUUCUCUUGCUUCACUCCAUUUUGCUCUUUUAAACAUAUUCUCUAUUUUGUCGCCAGGAUUUAUCCCUAGUGCUGGGAUCCCUCUGCAGAAGCAGCUGGAACAUGCCAAUCAACAAUCUGGCUUCACUGACUCUGUAAGAUCGUUGGGCCCCUUAUAGAGUGGCAAAGUAGCAUUGCACACAAUUAAAUAAUAUGGUGUUAAGUGUUGUAAACCAUGCAGUGUUCAAACAAUCCGUUUUAAGAGGUUGAUCACAAGCAGUGUACUGUAUCUCAGUUUGUGGGUGGGUCAUCGGUGGUUAACUCACACGUAACUGGCCCUUAAUCUUUGUAUGCUGUGUUUUUGUGGUGGUUUCAGAGUGCUCUACGGACCAUGCACCCUCAGGCGCUUCAUGCCAGUGCUGCAGGCCUGCUGCCUACCCCCUCCCUCGCAGUGCAGAUCACUCCUGCCAAGGUAAGGACAACCCUCCAUACCCACCUACCCUGGGUCGUGUUCAUUAGGACAAAUGUAGCAAAAUGUUUUGCAAUGAAAAAUGAAGCAAGUGUUUCUUAUUGGACAGGUUCAGUUAGUACCUCUCCAUUUCACUCUGUUUUCUUCAGUAUUGUGCCUAAUGAACACAACCCUGCUGUAUGUACUGUUCUCUUCCUUCUGGCAUUACACACAUCACAGAGUCAGUUGUCCUUAUCAAUUCAUAACGUCAUGUCUUCCUUUCCUGCUCCUCCUGUUCUGUGUGAUUAGUCUGGCUUGCCAUACACCAAUCCCCCCCGCCCGGCCUCUCCAGGAAGCUUCACCCAUGGAACUCCUCCACAGCAGGCUCACCCA